AUGCAGGAUGCAGUUCAGUCUGUCGUUGACUGGGCAGAUGGUGUUGGGUUUGUGAUUUCCCCCGAGAAGUCCAAACUGCUGCACGUCUGCUUUGGGCAUCAUCACAGACCGAACCUGCCUUAUGUUAGUAUCGGUGAGCAUGCGGUCAAGGCCGUACGCGAGAUGAAGCUGCUUGGUGUGACUAUUGAUAACAAACUCCGAUUUGUUAAGCACGCCAAGUUGGUGAAGGAUAACGUCAACAACAAGUUGAAUAUCCUUCGGACCCUAAAUGGUCGCUUCUCUGAAGCCUCUCGUAGUACAUUGACCAAGGUUGCUAGGGCUCUGGUUGUCCCUAGCAUCCUUUACGGGGCGGAACUGUGGAGCAGGGGUGGUGUCUCCCUGCUCAAGAUUCUGGAACCUCAGUACAAUGAGGCAUACAGAAUCUGUAGCGGAGCGCUGAGGUCUUCACCAAUAGCUUCCCUGUUGGUGGAGAAUGGAAAGGUUCCUUUGGUGAAUGUUGUCACCGAAGACCUGGCCACUAAGGCGCUAAGGCUCCUAGAAAGGGAUCCCAUUCUCAAUGACAGGCCCACGGUUGCAAGGGCGAGAGAAUGGUGGAGCGACUUGACGGGAGUAGAUUUUCCCACGUUAGCCCAGCGAGCUAGGCUGUGGCAACGGGCAUGGGAUGCUACUGCCCCGAAAGUUGAUUGGAGGGUUAAAGCUAUGUGUGGGGCGGGGGCUAGCUCUAGUGUGGCGAAAGCUGCAUUUAGGGAGGUCACUGCCUCAUACGAGGGAAGGCUCAAGCUAUUUACGGACGGUUCAUUAAUCGAAGAGGAGGUUGGUUAUGGGGUGUCUGGGGAGGACAUAAGCCGCUGCGGCCGGUUACCCGGUCUCUGUGGUAUCUUCUCAGCUGAGGCCUAUGCUCUCCUGCAAGCUUGUAGGCUAGCAAAUGGGUCUCAGGCUGUUGUAUUCUCUGUCUCUGCGAGUUGUCUCUCUGCCCUUGAGCAUGGGCAGGUUGGACACCCGUGGCUGUUAGAGGUGCAACGGUACGCUAACAUAACCUUUGCAUGGGUACCUGGACACGCAGGUAUACCAGGGAAUGAGGCUGCUGAUAAACUAGCUAACCAGGGUCGUCUUGCUCAACUAGAGGCCAUUCCGGUGCCCUAUAGUGACGCUACCCGCUGGGUGAAGCAGACCUCGCGAUACGCAUGGAAUGUGUCUUGGCAUAACAACCGUGAUGCAUUCCUGCGUCGUAUCAAGAACACUACACAAGAGUGGAAGGAUGCACCUAAUUCUCGAGAUCAGAAAGUUCUGACUCGGCUGAGGAUUGGUCAUACACGGCUCACUCAUGGACCUCGAUUUAGCGGCAGUGUGGCCUACUGCCAGGGAUGCGGUGCGGUAUUAGAUGUGAAUCAUCUAUUGGUGGAGUGCCCGGCGAGAGCACAAUUAAGGGAAGAUAUGGGUGUCGUUGGUUCAAUCCGUGAGGUAUUGUUCAAUGACAGGAGUACAGAGCAAACUGUACUCAACUUCCUGAGGGCGUUAGACUUAUACGAUAUGAUAUAA